AGGAGGUUGUUGCCGAUUUGCUAUUGUUAAAGUUUUUGCGGCAUUUUCUAGAAAAGUGAUACAAAGUGCUGGAUACAAGUGUUGAGAUGGAGAGGUGAUAAAGUGAUUGUGUUAUUGUGAAGUGUUCCAGUGUGAUAGAGUGUUUCAUUGGAUGUACGGCAGUGAUGGCGUAACCGCAUGGGAGGGGGCGCGCUGCUCGAGGCGGCUGCGCGCGGAGACGCGGGCCGCGUGGCUAGUCUGAUCCGCUCCGGCGCAGACGUCGAUGCGACUGACGAGAAUGGAUGCAGCGUUUUACAACGUGCCGCAGCGGACGGGCACGUGGACGUCGUGCGUGUUCUUCUGGAAAAUGGUGCAGAUCCCAACAAACAGGAUAAUGUGCACGGCAACACUGCGGCGCACGAGGCGGCGUGGAAGGGCUACUCUCGCACGGUGGCGCUGCUGGCGCGCCGUGGGGAGCUGGGCGCGCGCAACGCGGCCGGCUUCGUGCCGCUGCACCUCGCCACGCAGAACGGGCACAACCAGUCCGCCAGGGAGAUCCUGCUGGCGGGCGCGCCGCCGGACUUGCAGAACAACUACGGUGACACAUCUCUCCAUACCGCGGCACGCUACGGCCACGCUGGAGUCACUCGUAUCCUCAUCUCCGCACAAUGCCGUGUGUCCGAGCAAAACAAAAACGGAGACACCGCCCUACACAUAGCCGCAGCCAUGGGUAGGCGAAAACUAACUCGAAUACUCCUCGAGGCCGGCUGCGACAAAUCCCUGAGAAACCACCAGGGCGAAACCGCUAGAGACAUCGCUGCAAGAAAAGGGCUAGAAGAAAUCAUCAACAUCCUUAACACGCCUGUAGCGAAGCAGCCCAAAAAGAAAGAGAGGCAUAGAGAUAAAAGUAAAGAAAGGACAAUUGAUGAACCGGACGAUGCGAAGAAAAGAGACAAGAGUAAGGAUAAAAAGAAAAAGAAUGUUCACUUUGAGAACCCGGCACAAGUUCAUUGGUCUCCAUACGGCUGUCAUUACUAUCCGGAUCCUAAAUAUUUCCCGAAGCCGAAGUUAAGCUCGUUACCCACCGAACCGUUAAAAAAAGGCGAGCAGUACUAUUUGGACUUAGCGGGUAAUAUCAAAAAAGGUCCAAUCGGAGCUGGGUAUACGUGUUACUGUGCACCGUUUUUCAGGCAUAUGGAGGAAAAACUGAAUGAAGACAAGAAAGAUUUGAAACGCCAUAUAGAUAGAGCUCAUGAGAAAUUAGACCAAAAAGUGACAGAUUUGGAAAUGAAAACUCAAGGGCAGAUAUCUGAAUUGACUAGAUUUGUAGCUGCAGAAAGAGCUAUGUGCAAAGAAAGACAUAAGCACCUGGAGCAGUGGUUGACAAGAGGCAUGAUGUUCAGAGCGUCGGAGAGGGUUAAAAAAUUAGAUUUCAGUCCAAAAGGUUCUGUAGAUAUUCCACCGAUAAAAAGAACAAGAAGUUUAGAACUCUUAGAUGCGAAUAACGAAGAAUGGAAUGAUGUUAAUAGAAUUAUUCAGAGUUUUAACGAAAAUGUAGAACAAUGUGAAAGUAUUGCCAAAGACCUGGAUCAAAAACCAACUUCUAAGAGCUCAGAUGGCCUUGACAGUAGAUCACCACCCAGUCCAAGAAGAAAGCAUUUACUAAAAAAUUCAAAAAGUAGUGAUCAAUUAGACGCAGGAUCUGCAUGCUCCAGAUCUCCUUACAACCUUACACCGUAUGCAAAUUGCAGUCAAGACUUAUCUCAUAAUAUUACAGCGGAAAUACACGUUAAAUCAAAUAAAGUUUCACUUUCACAAUCACCGGUAUCAGACGUGCCAAUAUAUAAUGACAGAUAUAUUGCCCCUUGUCGACAAUCUGCCACAAUUUCGCCGAGUAGCAGCAAUAGAUAUUCGGAAUACAAAGCUAACGAUCCUGAUGACGAUCCCAAAUUAAAUCAGCCAUCGGAAACCCGUAAUGAAACCACAUGGAAAAGUCAAGUAUUACAGAGGACUGCGGAUGACAUCCGUAAAAGGGUGAUUCUCGAAAAAGAAAUGGCGGAUGUGUUAUCAAGACAUACAAAGACAUUGGACAUAUCUCAAGAUGGAUACAUAAAAUUUCCAAAACAACCCGAUUACCGAGAAGAAAUUAACGUUGAAAAAGAACCUCGUAAAUCGGUGCAAGAGCUAGUAGCACAAGUAGAACAUCAACAGAGGUGCACUUCACCAGAACGUCUGCCCUUACAAAGAAAAGUUAUUGAAAAAGAGAUAUCAAUGCAAGUUGCUCAGCCGAGUGUCUUAAAAAUGCCUCAACAACCAAUGCGACCGGCACCUGUAUUGAAAGAAAAACCACCGAAAUCCAAAAGAUUUAGCCUACAUAACCUCAUACCAUUCCCAACGAGAAAGACUUUCCAAACCCCACCCAAGGAAAAUGGGAACAACUCGGAAAGUAGCGAUGAUGAAGAUAAUCCAAUUAGAAGUACAAAUCAACCAGGUCCCAUGAGAAACACUAACCUACUCCAAACUCUACCUCUACCGAACUACGAGACUAUGUCUACAAAUUCUCAAUCACCAGCUCCUCAAGCACAACCUCAAAGUUAUCCGCAUGACGCUAGGAUGAUUCCAAAAGACGCUUAUUUCCACGACAUAUCAAACAGGCCUGUACACCAUCAGAUGCCUUACAGAGAUAUCGAAAAUGGACUACCGUAUCCACAAUAUCCUUGUCAGAAGCAAUACGAGUACAGUGAACCCGGAGUGCAACAAAAUCAAGUCCAAGGUCGAAAUAGAAACCCUAUAUACCAUCACCAGACCGGAGUCUUCAACGCAAUGAUGCAAGAUCAUAUAAUGCGGGAAAUAGAACGGAUACCACAUUGUUACAGUGACCAUUUAGAUCAGAAUACAGAGGUGGAGAUUGCUAAUCAGAAUGAUCACUUUCGCAGUAAUUACUACGAUAACCGUCCGCCAAUGUACCCAGGAUUCAGAGGAAAUCCACAUGGUUUGAGAAAACCAGCACCAGAUCAUAACUUGUUGCAUAGCCGUCUUCAAUCUCUGGCCAUAAAUACACAUUUGACGGAAACUCAAAGUCAAACUGAUAGAGAGUCACAUAACGAUUCUGGAUACAGCACAAAAGUUUAUGGCAGUUCACAAGGACCGUCUCCAAGUCUAUCUGGUCACGUGGAUGACAACUUAUCAGGGCAGCGAAUUAGCGUUCUGCCUAAUAAAGAUGGCGGACAACUGGGUGCUUCGAGCUUAGUCUGAAAGACAAAAUUAUAUACGUAAUGUUAAAGUCUGAG